AUGGCUUGGGACAUGCUUGCUGCCCCUCUUGUCCCUGAAGCCAGAGACCUGAAGUGUUCACCUACUGCACGUUGCAGCAAACUCAUCCCACACCCACCCCACAAUGGGACCUGCAAGACUGAAAGACAAAGAAAAGUUGUGAGUGUUGCUGGCACAAGCCUUAGAGACUGCCACUGCUAUCUUGAGAUCUGGUUUCCCUGGAAACUACCCAAAAAAGAAGAAUGCCUGGAAGUGCCUGGAUUGGCACCCUGUGGAGUAAACUUUGACCAAUGGGACAUGCAAGCAAAAUAUACCAUUUUUCCAUUAAAAAAAAAAAAAAAGAAACUCAACUGCCAAGUGAUUGGUGCUUCUGUGGAUUCUCACUUCUGUCACCUGGCAUGGAUCAACACACCCAAGAAACAAGGAGGACUGGGACCCAUGAACAUUCCCUUGAUAUCAGACCCCAAGCGCACCAUUGCUCAGGACUAUGGAGUCUUAAAGGCCGAUGAAGGCAUCUCAUUCAGGAGCCUUUUUAUUAUUGAUGAUAAAGGUAUCCUUCGACAGAUCACCAUAAAUGACCUUCCUGUUGGCCAUUCGGUGGAUGAGUCGCUGAGACUAGUUCAGGCCUUCCAGUUUACUGACAAACCUGGGGAAGUAUGCCCAGCUGGCUGGAAGCCAGGCAGUGAUACCAUCAAGCCUGAUGUCCAGAAGAGCAAAGAAUAUUUCUCUAAGCAGAAGUGAGCACUGGGCCAUUUUAGGGCCAGGCUGCAGUAGGUGGCCAUGAGAAUAAACCUCUUUUGUACUAUUGUCAUGCUUAAAACACAAGACCUUACACUCAGCCCAGAUGUGGUGUGGGACAGGACAGGCCUUUCUUGCAGGGGUUGGGGAGGCCAGCUUUUCUUCCUCUGGAGGGAAUGGCCUGAGCUGUAUUAUGGGGCAGGCAAACUGAUGUGUAUAGUAGUAGGGUAUCACUUUUGGUCUUUUGUAGUUUUAUUAAACUUGAGCUGAGAAAAAAAAAAA